AUGACCUCAGUGUUCUUUGGAUUCCUACAUCUCUAUGGUCCUCAAUUCUGGUCCUCGAUCUUGGCAAGUUAUCCUAAAUCAGUUAUUAUUCCUUGGGGAACAUUUAUAAUUUCUCAGGUCGGAUUCUGGUUCUGGGUAUCCUUACUGGCAGUACUGGAUCUAUGUCAGUUUCCCAAGUCGUUUUGGCGUUACAAGAUCCAACCGUUGAAGGUGCCGACCUGGGAAUGGUAUAGGAAGGCUUUGUGGGUAGUCUUACAGAAUCAGUUUUUAGUGGCACUCCCUUCAUCAUUCUUGUUGUGGAAGCUGAUGGACUUGAGAGGAAAUCCUGUUGGGAUGGAGCUACCGACUGUAUGGGAUCUAUCAAAAGAAUUGAUUGGCUUCUUGGUAGUUGAGGAGUUGGGGUUUUAUUAUGGUCAUCGUCUAUUCCACCACCCCAAGCUUUAUAAGCGAAUUCAUAAGAAACACCAUCUUUACACAGCUCCUAUUGGCAUUGCAGCAAUCUACUGUCAUCCAAUUGAGCAUUUUGUAUGCAACUUGUGCCCUUUAGCGCUUGGGCCUGUACUAAUGAAGUCGCAUAUCCUGACCUUGUGGUUGUGGAUUACCGUUGGUCAAACGAAUGCAAUUAACUCCCACUGUGGAUUCCAUCUGCCCUUGUUCCCUUCACCAUUGGCACAUGAUUACCAUCAUGAAGUUUUCAACAAGAAUUUUGGCCCUUUAGGAGUGCUCGAUUGGUUGCAUGAUACUGCUGGGAGCCGAGAAAUGGCAGCCGAAAAGAAGCAGCGUGAGUUGGCUGCGACAACCCAGGCUCAGACAAAUGUACAAGCAGUAGUUCCUGAUUCUUCUAAACCAAACGUCAAGGAGGUGUAA